AUGAAUGUGAGGAGGGUGCUGAGUAUAUCUGGUGGGAUCGAGGAGGUGGGCAGCCUGCACUGGGAGCUGAUGCUGUGCCUCCUGCUUUGCUGGAUUAUCUGCUAUUUCUGUGUCUGGAAGGGAGUCAAAUCCACAGGAAAGGUGGUGUACUUCACGGCCACGUUCCCCUACCUGAUGCUGGCUGUCCUGCUGAUCCGUGGACUCACUCUGCCUGGAGCUGUGGACGGGAUCAUCUUCUACCUCUACCCAGACCCAGCGCGGCUCGCCGAUCCACAGGUGUGGAUGGAUGCAGGGAUACAGAUUUUCUUCUCUUACAGCAUUUGUGUUGGAAGUCUGAUCACCCUUGGCAGCUACAACACGUACAACAGCAACUGUUACAAGGACUGCGUGUACCUGUGCCUCCUGAACAGUGGAACAAGCUUUGUGGCCGGGUUCGCCAUCUUCUCAGUGCUGGGCUUCAUGGCGUAUGAGCAGGGAGUGCCCAUCUCGGAGGUUGCCGAGUCUGGUCCUGGCCUGGCGUUCAUCACAUACCCACGCGCAAUAGCCAUGAUGCCACUCCCUCAGCUCUGGGCCUUCUGCUUCUUCCUCAUGGUCUUCCUGCUGGGGGUGGACACUGAGUUUGUUUGCCUUGAGAACCUAACCACAUCCAUCUCCGACAUGUACCCCUCGUUCUUCCGACAAGGUUCUCGUAGGAAACUCCUCCUGCUGUUCAUCUGUGUUGUCAGCUUUCUCAUCGGGCUCCUCAUGGUCACGGAUGGUGGAAUGUAUGUCUUCCAGCUGAUUGAUUACUACGCCUGCAAUGGGACAUGUCUGAUGUUCCUCGCUAUUUUUGAAACCAUUUGCAUUGGUUGGGUGCUGGGUGGCAACCGUUUUUAUGACUGCAUAGAAGACAUGAUUGGCUACCGGCCUUGGCCUCUGAUUAAAUAUUGUUGGUUCUUCUUCACUCCAGCCAUCUGCAUUGGGACCUUCAUCUUCUCCCUGGUCAAGUACACCCCACUGAAGUACAACAGGACAUACGAGUACCCGGCCUGGGCAUACACCCUUGGCUGGUUCCUCGCUCUCUCCUCCAUUUUCUUGGUCCCUCUGUGGAGCGUCUUCAAACUCACCCGGACCAAGGGGACCAUGCCAGAGCGCCUUCGCCUGCUGUGCCUCCCUGCCGAGGACCUGCCCCUUGGCAAGAAACAGAAAGAAAGCAGCUGCCCUUUCAACUUUGAGCUAGUUGACUCUUUGCUUCCACUAAACAGAAUGGGGAGGUUGGGAUGAGCGGUCAAGUUUUAGCAUUUUAAAUCACGUUGCAUGGGGUUAGUUUUAACUCUAAAUGUAUGAAAAUAAAGUGCAGAGAUCAAGAAUGACAGUAGUGACUCCAGCCAAGUUGGAAAAGAUGGCGACAAACCACCAGAACUUUACA